CUAUAUUUAAUUAAGUUAGACGAAUUGAUUUAGGUACGAACAUAUUUAGAAAUGAGAGGACCGAAAUGUUGCGAAAAAGUAUGUAAAUACGACGAAUCGAGCUGCUGUUAGACCGGAGUGAUAAAUAGAAGAAAUUAAUUAACUAAUUAAUAAAAGCAGAGUUGAACAAAUGGCAGAAUCUGAUUCACAAAGCCUACAUGCUGACAAUGUUACGGAUGAUUGUGAAACAAGAUUUGGGGGUGCUCAGCUUGGUAAUCCACAGACAAAUUACACAGAGGAACAAAAAGAAACAUUAGAAAAUGGAAUGAAAGAGAAGAAGCCCCCUAGAUCUGAAAGAAAGAGAAGAAGGCAUGAUGAACUUUUGUUGAAAAGAAGGGAAGAUAGAAAGAGAAAAAAAACUGAACGAAAGAACAAACUGAAAGAACAGAGGAAAGAUUCUUGUGAUACUGGAGAAAGAAUAAAUUUUGGUUAUCUGAAAGAAGAGAGAAGGAAGAGAUGUAAAGAUGCAAUGAACAACGGGCAGAAAAUCUGUAUAGACUGUAGUCUUGAAGGCUUUAUGAGUAUUAAGGAAAAAGGAAAGCUUGCUAUGCAAAUCGGGAGGUUGUAUGGUUCAAACCUUAGAGCAAAUAGUCCUGCUCAUAUUUACCUUACAGGAUUGAAGAAAGGGGGAGAUCUAUACCAGGAAUGCCUCAACAAAAUGGAUGGCUUUGAAAAUUACUUGGUAGAUAUAAAAGAGGAAUCACACACAGAGCUAUUUCCAUUAUGUCAGAUUGUUUGUCUCAGUCCAGAUUCUGACAGUCUUCUCACUGACCUUGAUCCUGAAAAAGUCUAUGUCAUUGGAGGCUUGGUUGAUGAAAACAUUAAGCAAAAUAUAACAGAGAGCAGAGCAAUACAGGCUGGUAUACAAACAGCUAGACUACCUAUUGAAGAUAAUAUGGUAAAACUAGUGCAACAGUCUCAUUCCAAGGUGCUGGCUGUUAACCAAGUGUUUGACAUUUUAAUCACCUACAAUUCUACAAAAGAUUGGAAGAAAGCUUUAGCCGGAAAUGUUCCCAGAAGAAAAGGAUUUGUAAUCUCACAUGAUGAUGCCAUUUGACAACAAGACAGAUUCUUUUCGCCUGAUCUAGCUCACCUGAUCUAGCUGUUAAGACAAAGCUGUGCUUUUGAAUAUUUUCUGUUCCCAAUAAAGCAAAAAUACCCAAAAAUA